UCCGGAAGACUACCCUGGUCUUCUUGGGAAGACGCCUCUUUUAGACUAUAACCCCUCGUUGCACAUAGCGAUGUAGAGAUGUUUAGAUCGAAGGUUUUCUGAUUAGAGAUUAGUCCAUGGGAUAGAGGGAUGGAGAGGCUAGAAGAGAAGGAUGGAUAGCUGUAGGGGAAGAAGAUAAGAAGACGAUGGGUGGCACAUACUAUUUCCAACCGGUCAGAAGCUGCGCUUGAACGUGCUUCUGCAGAUUUUCGACCCCCUUGUUUCGGAGGACGAAAAGCAGCAACAGCAGUCAUCUUUCUAUCCACAUGUGAGCAUCUGAAUCCUGUCGUAUAUAAUUCGCUGAAUACACAGUUAGGGUUCCCAGAGCCAGAGCCUAAGCCGUACGCGUGGAUGACCUCAGUACACAUCCUAUGAACACUAUAAACCUUAAACCCACCAGACAAGCAUGCACCAACAUCACCAUGAGUGAAAGAAACCCCGAGCUACGCUUCCCAUCUCCCAAAGUCCCGCCUCGGUUCUUCAAAGCAUGCCGCCACUGCAGAAAGCAGAAGAUGCGCUGCGACGCACGCCAUCAGCUACCGUGUUCGCGAUGCCGCUCUACCGGCCGAGACUGUAUCCUUGAUACUAUCGAAAAUGAAGACGGAACACGGCGUAGUGGACGCCAGAGGGCUGCUACUGCUGCGAAUUCGCAGACACGGCGACAGCGGAUAGCUAGUUUGCCCUGGGAACAGCAGCAGCAGCAGCAGCAGCAGCAGAGUCACUCUCGGACGCCUUCGUCGAGAGAGAUGGACUAUUCUCCGGUUUCUGGGCGAGACGUUGGUGUAGAGACGACUCCCAUGGACGGGGUGGAUGAGCUCCCACCGUCCCAGACGACGACGACCGACCAGCCCGGUCCUGAAUCCCAGCAGCUGAACCCCAGCGAUAUGAUGGCGCCGGUGUCUGUUGUGCACUCGAUGUCGGUUAAUCUUCUAGGGUCCAGUAAUAUUUUCAUGGAAAACUUGUCCAGGACCGAUCUGGACAGCGACGUCAUCGCUCGAGGUAUAAUUAGCGAAGAGCGUGCGCGAGUGAUGUACGAGAGAUUCAUGGGCGGAAGCAAGAACUUCCUACCUCUAUUCGACCCCAUCCGCGACACCUUCGACUCCAUCCGCUCGCGAUCCCUCUUCUGCUUCUCAGUGAUCAUGUACCUAGCCAGUCGCUCCGCAGUGGAAAUGCGCAGCGACACGCACCUACAGCGCGUCCUCCAAGACGAAGCGCAGCGCCUGGCGGAGGAUAGCUUUUUCGAGCGCCCGACCAAGGUAGAGACGGUGCAGGGCAUGGUGCUACUCGCAGCGUACUCUGAAAAGACGUGGUUCUCCACGGCCCUGAUCUUGCGCACUGCGUUGGACUCAGGACUCGAGAAGUCCCUAGACCGGUUGCUCUCGCAGGAGAACGUCCCGCGGAGCUCUCUGUCGGCAACGAUGGAGGAUCGCAAGCUGGUGUGGCAGACGAGGACGUGGUUGAUCAGUUUUACGCUGGAGCUGGACGUUGCGUCGGGCACGGGGCGCAAGUCUCGUAUUGCGGAGGUGAAUGUUGCUAAGUUGCGCAAGUUUCUGGAGUAUCCGCUGUCGCUUCCGUGUGAUAUGCGGACAGUGUCUAUUAUAGAGAUUCAUCAGCUGCGUGGGCAAUUUCGUGUGAUCAUUGAGAAUUCAAUGACGAUUCAGGACAUUGUCGCGACGCAUCUACCGGCGAUCAUGACGAGGCUGCAAACGUGGUGGACGACGUGGGAUGAACUCCACGAUAGUAAUGGAUUCCACGCGAGAGCCUUCCAGCGCUGCAGCCUCAAGCUCAUGCUAAACUAUGCCAAGAUAUUCGUCUUGUGCUCUUCCUUAGCUCGGAUCCAGAAAUUACAGUCUGGCCCUGACUCAGGAGAAAUGGGAAAUGGCCCAGGAGCUACGAAUCUGUGGCCAUCGCUCGUGACCACAAUCAUGGACCAACUAUCCUUUUGGAUCAUGGAGACAUCCUACCGCUAUCAAUUCCCAUGGGCGCCAACAUAUCCAGCUCUAACAGUUGCCUUUGUCACAACAUUCGCACUCCGAAUCGCCCGCUGGCGCCCCUCCCUAAUUGACCAACCCCAGCUCCUAGAAAAAGCAGAAAAAAUCUGCGACUACCUAAAGCAGCCCCCUUACCCAGACAUCCACCGCGCGGUCUCCCUUUUCGUAACAUACGCACGAGCCCUCAUCUCCAACCAGUGUCUUCAGCCCGACAGCACAGACAUAUCAGACCAAUGCGUUGGCCAGGAAUCAUCCGGCGCCAGAGAACCAGACAUAUCCCUAAUGAACCUCCCCCCUCCUCCUCCUGCUGCCGCUGCUCCUCCUCGGGACCCACCACCAGUAGACUGCCAGGGCCCUAUGACAACGGGACCCACUAUCGCGCAGACCGACAAAGACACCACGAGCAACCCAACGAAUGACAGGGCUAUUCCUCCUCUCCGAACUCCCGUGCAGGGCUUGCCGGGGACAGUGGAGUUCCCGAACUGGACGUUGUCGAAUUCGAUUGCGGAUUCGUUUGGGUUGUUUGAGGAGGAGCAGAAUGAUAUUUUUGAUUUUUUGCCCGUUAUGCCGGGUAUGCCUCAGUGAUAUGACCGACUUGUUUGGACAUUUGGGGAAGGGCAGAGUGAUAAGGUAUUUCUGGCUUUUUACCUAUCAUGCUAUCUAUACGCAUGACAGAUGGAGAG